AUGCCCUCUUUCGGCCUCGGCCUCCCCCGCGACGCCUCCCCCCGUCUUCGUAUCAUACAAGGCUGCCAAAUCACCAUCGCAGCCCUGACCAUCCUCGCCCUCUUUAUCACACUUAUCUUCCCUGUUCAGCGCAAGCUCUUCACCCUUAGUCUCCUCUACACACCCAUCUUGACAUCCAUAACAACCAUCUUUCUCAUCGUCCGGGAGCAAAGACGCGCCGCCGCCGGUACUCUCUCCAAGGAGAAAUAUGUCAAGUACCAGCUCUUCAAGAUGGCUGCUGCAUUCGGCAUGUCCAUCAUAGGCUUCAUUGGCCAUGUGGCUAGUACGCCGGCGGAAGGAGACGAGCAUCGUGUGGGAGAGCAGGGGCUGUGGAUCAGCGGAAUCAAGAUCAAUAAGUGGCAGGGACUGUUGCUUUGGUUGAACUUCUUCAACUGGGUCUUCCUUUGGGCUAGCUUGUUCUACUCUUGCUGCAUGUCUGGUAGAAGGCAUGGUGCCAUUGCCCUCUCCGGCGAGGAGGCGCAAAUUGGGGCUGAUUCCGAGUCAGCUGAUGACGAGGCUAUUGCUCGUGCUCUCCAGGCUCAGGAUGGUAACUGGCAAGCAUAG